AUGGGACGUUUCAAUACCAGUUUUGGAGAUGGCUUCAUUUUGGUGGGCUUCUCCGAUUGGCCUCAACUGGAACUAUUCUUCUUCAUUUUUAUUUUGAUUUUCUACUCACUAACUCUCUUGGGAAACACCGCCAUCAUUGCUGUCUCCCGACUGGACCCUCGACUGCACACACCCAUGUACUUCUUCCUCUCCCACCUCUCCUUCCUGGACCUCUGUUUUACCACCAGCACUGUGCCCCAGCUCCUGAUCAACCUUCAGGGACGUGACCGCACCAUCAGCUAUGGGGGAUGUGUGGCCCAGCUCUACAUCUACCUCGCCCUGGGCUCCACUGAGUGUGUGCUCCUCGUGGUGAUGGCCUUUGAUCGCUAUGCUGCUGUGUGUCGGCCACUACACUACACAACCAUCAUGCACCCUCAGCUUUGCCAUGCUCUAGCUAUCUCCUCCUGGGUAGGAGGCUUCAUAAACUCUCUGAUCCAGACAGGCCUCGUGAUGGCCAUGCCUCUCUGCGGCCACCACCUGAACCAUUUCUUCUGUGAGAUGCCUGUAUUUCUGAAGCUGGCUUGUGAGGACCCAGGAGGAACAGAGGCCAAGAUGUUUGUGGCCCGAGUCAUAAUCGUUGCUCUUCCUGCAGUAAUAAUUCUAGUCUCCUAUGUACACAUUGCUCGGGCUGUGCUGAAGGUCAAGUCAAUGGCUGGGCGCAGAAAGGCUUUUGGAACAUGUGGGUCCCACCUCCUGGUGGUUUUCCUUUUUUAUGGCUCAGCCAUUUACACAUACCUACAGCCCAUCCACAGUUAUUCUGAGAAGGAGGGAAAAUUUGUGGCUCUUUUUUAUACAAUAGUCACCCCCAUUCUCAAUCCUCUGAUUUACACCCUGAGAAACAAGGAUGUGAAGAGUGCUCUGUGGAAGUUAGUAAGGAGAGGCAGAGACUUGGGGCCAUAG